AAUCACAACACGCACAUGUACACACACACAUGCACUCACACACAAACGCACACGGAUAUUAUAGUACUUACAUAUUCAUAUCAACACAUUAGUGUGCAACUCAAGCGAGUCAGUCAACAGCUUCCUCCCUCAAUUAACCAACCGUCUGAACACAAACCAUUUAUUGCUGUGUUAUUGACAUCACAUACUGCUGCAACCAUGCAUUAGCUACAGUUAAAGUGUAGCCUGAUACAUAGCCUCUGAGUGUUCAUGCUGCUUGACCUGUCUGUCCUUUAAUCAUGCCGAGGGUCACAUUAAGCCCAGUAGCUCCAGAACAGAGAAUAUUUUCUCUUUAUUUCAAUGUCCUCUUUCAUAGCUGAUAUUGAUUCUACUUGUUUUAGUUGAGCUGCCAGCAAUUACCAAAUUCCUGCCUGAUGACAAAGUGGCCAAUCUGAGAUGAUUGUGUCUGUUUAAAAUGCAUUACACCCCACUGUGCUGCCUGGCAUGUCAUCAAUAGCCUCUAUGCAUUAUACCGCCUCCAACGUUCUAAUUUACUUCCGACCGAGUUAAUGACUUCCGGAGCGAGUUCUGCUAUUGUUUUUAUCAUUAGCUUACUAGCUAUCGUCAAUGCUUUUCUGACUGAAAUAGUUCGCAAUGACUACGUUUAAAUUACAGCCCCGCGAAGGAGGUGCUAAUGAACAUUGUUCAGUGAUCUGUGUUCAGUUUCUUCCCAAUUUAAUGGUAUUGUGAGCUUCCAUCGUUUCCUGGUCGAUGUAGAGCACAGAAAAAGGUGGUUGGUGGCAGUACAUCGUGACAACUUUACUGUCACCAAACACACAAAGGUGUGUAGUACACAUUUCGUCGAAGGUGACUUUGUUGAGGGAAAAAUUGGGGGGCGACAAUAUCUAAAAAAAGGUGUUGUUCCUACUGUCUUCGCGUGGAACUGGCACAUUCAAAAGAGACCUGGUGUUUGGGAAAGAAGACUGAAACCUCCUGCUCCGACUGAGAGGGAUGAAGAACAAGGUGCGCUGCCUAUGGACUGUGCCGUCUCUGAUCCGCUCCAGACCCAUGAUUACUGUGCAGUCCCUGAACCCGCAGCCCUGGACAUGGCCCUAAUGGCAAUCCAUGAGCAUGUAAGAGAAAUUGAGGAGCUUCGAGCCAAGCUGGAGAAACUGACCACCCAAUGCAGCUUUGGUCUACAUCGAUUUGCUGGUUCUGACGAGGAUAUACGUUUUUACACAAGGUACAGUAAUGAUUUAUUAUUAUCCAGCACUACUAUUGUUUAUUAUUUACUAUUAAUUAUUAUUAUUAUCCCAAAGUCCAUCUUACCUUUAAGUACAUGUUCAUUGUUAUUUAAAACUAGGCUAGCAUAUCUUAGCCUAAGUAGGCACAUUGAAUGUAUAUUGUCUUUACAUUAGUUUUCAGUUAACCCCCAAAAAUGCUCCCAGGUCGUUGCUUCAAAUAGGAUUUGGUUCUUAGUCCACUUUCCAUGUUAAAUAACAGAACAUUUAAAACAAAUUCACUGCUGUGAUGAUAGCUGCUGUGAAUUACAGUACGAAUUGCAGUCACAAGAAAACAGGCUACAAUAGCAGCUAGGUCAUGUCUAGUGCUAGGGCUUAGAGAAGAUGGGCAAUAAAAGAAAUGAGCUUUUUUGGCAUUCAAAUACUCUGGAUCCGUCUUUAGAUUUGCAAGCUACACCCACCUGAUGGCCUUCUGGCACUUGAUUGAGCGGGCAGCAGAGACCAAGUUAAAAAGAGUCACAAGCAUCAAUCCAUCUGAAACAAGUGUUACUCGAAGAAAACCGACACUGCCAUCAAUCGACGAGUUCUUCUUGUUUAUGACUCAUCUGUCGCUGGGUCUGAAGCAGAAGGAUUUAGCCCAUCGGUUCAGCAUCCACCAAUCGACAGUGAGCCGGAUUAUCAUCUCUUGGGCCAACUUCCUCUACUGUCUGCUUGGAUCAGCACGGAUAUGGAUCCCCAAGGAAACCAUCAAAACCCACCUGCCACCUGAGUUCAAGGACUAUCCAUACACCCAGGUAGUGAUCGACUGCACUGAACUCCGCUGCCAGACACCAUCUUCACUACUACUACAGAGUGAGGUGUUUUCUUCCUACAAGUCACACUGUACCUUUAAGGGCAUGUUGGGAAUGUCACCACAUGGAGCCUUCACUUUUGUGUCAUUGUUGUAUGCUGGAUCUGUGAGUGACAAGGAGAUCUUCAAGCAGUCUGGAAUUAUUUCCUUACUCACCCCUGACAUGACCAUUAUGGUGGAUAAGGGCUUUCUUGUAGAUGACAUUGUUCUGUGCAAGGUGUACCGGCCAGCCUUUCUGUCAAGACGCACACAGAUGCCAGCGCAUGAGGUUAGGGAGACCCAAUCCAUUGCCAGGCUGAGAGUGCAUGUUGAAAGAAUGAUCCGCAGAGUAAAGGAGCACAAGCUGUUUGACACAGUCAUCCCCCUGACCAUCUCAGGCAGCAUCAACCAAUUAUUUGCAGUGGCGUGCCUGUUGGUCAACUAUCAAAAUGGACCUUUGGUCAGAGCAUGGGCCAAGCCAGUGUAAAUGUACAUGUGUUUAUUUGCUAGCAGCAAAAUAAUAAUUUGUUUAUCUAUGACAUGUAUCAAUCAUUUGUUUUGUAGUGAAUAUCAGUUUGUGUGGAGCUUGUAUUGGCUUUAAUUAGGCAAUGAGUAACAGGGGUGGGGGAAAGAAAUCAAGUAAACACAGAAUUGCCAGAAUGCAAGAUUGAAUACAAUGUUAGAGAUGUGUAAUUGAUUAACUGAACUGUUGAACAUUUGCUGAAAUACAUUUAUUAAACAUAUCUAUUCUACUGUAGAUUUCUUCACAAGAAUAUCAAUUCUUAUUUUUCAUAAAAACACUAAACUUGGCACCCAUGCAGGGGAUCCAUUCAGGUGCGAGAUAGACACUUCUGCAAAUCGUGGUAAAAAUACAAGUGGUCAACCUUCUCUCUUAUAGUUUUUGAAACCUGUAGAUCUUUAUAUAUCCUUUCAGCUAGGAUGUCCUCCUGUGCACAGAUGACAAAGUCACACCAGCUACAACCUGUGAGAAGGAUUUGACCUUGCACCUGCCAGUAGUAAGCAUGAGAUCUCUUCAACUUCAGCUCUCCAUUCUGUAUCUUCAGGUAAGGGCAGACAACAUAACUUGGUACAUUUGGGCACUUGACCUCUAAGAGUCCAAAGUGUGGUCUUACACUGGGAUCAAAUAUGAUUCCAUCUGGAGAGGAUCCUAACCACGGAGCAUCUGGGUGCACUACAAAGCCACACGGAAAGAAGUUAACAUUCUUCAGUGUGCAGUACUCCUGUACAGCCACUGGCUCCAUGGCUAGCCCCUUCUUCAUCUCCAUGGUCUGCAUACACAGAGCACUUCCUGCAACACAGGAGCAGUGGCUUUGGAUCACUAUCACUGGUACAAAGUGCUUUAACACCAUCUGUGAAGAUAAGUGUGAUGAAAGACUGAAGUGAGAAACAAGAAUGAUGUGGCCCAUAAAUAACAAUAAACAUAGUAGUGUCUAGUCUUAAUUAACCUCUUGACAUUACCCUAGGAUAGGGGGCGCCACAGCG